AUGCCGCAGCUGAACGGCGGUGGAGGGGAUGACCUAGGCGCCAACGACGAACUGAUUUCCUUCAAAGACGAGGGCGAACAGGAGGAGAAGAGCUCCGAAAACUCCUCGGCAGAGAGGGAUUUAGCUGAUGUCAAAUCGUCUCUAGUCAAUGAAUCAGAAACGAAUCAAAACAGCUCCUCCGAUUCCGAGGCGGAAAGACGGCCUCCGCCUCGCUCCGAAAGUUUCCGAGACAAAUCCCGGGAAAGUUUGGAAGAAGCGGCCAAGAGGCAAGAUGGAGGGCUCUUUAAGGGGCCACCGUAUCCCGGCUACCCCUUCAUCAUGAUCCCCGACCUGACGAGCCCCUACCUCCCCAACGGAUCGCUCUCGCCCACCGCCCGAACCCUCCAUUUUCAGUCCGGCAGCACACAUUACUCUGCGUACAAAACGAUUGAACACCAGAUUGCAGUUCAGUAUCUCCAGAUGAAAUGGCCACUGCUUGAUGUCCAGGCAGGGAGCCUCCAGAGUAGACAAGCCCUCAAGGAUGCCCGGUCCCCAUCGCCGGCACACAUUGUCAGCCCCCUCCCUUGCUGCACUCAGGGACAUGACUGUCAGCACUUCUACCCCCCCUCAGACUUCACUGUCAGCACUCAAGUCUUCAGGGACAUGAAAAGGAGCCACUCCUUACAAAAAGUUGGGGAGCCCUGGUGUAUUGAGUCGAACAAAGUGCCAGUGGUGCAGCACCCUCACCAUGUCCACCCCCUCACGCCUCUUAUCACGUACAGCAAUGAACACUUCACGCCGGGAAACCCACCUCCACACUUACCAGCUGACGUAGACCCCAAAACAGGAAUCCCACGGCCUCCGCACCCUCCAGAUAUAUCCCCGUAUUACCCACUAUCGCCUGGCACCGUAGGACAAAUCCCCCAUCCGCUAGGAUGGUUAGUACCACAGCAAGGUCAACCAGUGUACCCAAUCACGACAGGAGGAUUCAGACACCCCUACCCCACAGCUCUGACCGUCAAUGCUUCCAUGUCCAGCUUUCUGUCUUCUAGGUUCCCUCCCCAUAUGGUCCCACCACAUCAUACGCUACACACGACGGGCAUUCCGCAUCCGGCCAUAGUCACACCAACAGUCAAACAGGAAUCGUCCCAGAGUGACGUCGGCUCACUCCAUAGCUCAAAGCAUCAGGACUCCAAAAAGGAAGAAGAAAAGAAGAAGCCCCACAUAAAGAAACCUCUUAAUGCAUUCAUGUUGUAUAUGAAGGAAAUGAGAGCAAAGGUCGUAGCUGAGUGCACGUUGAAAGAAAGCGCGGCCAUCAACCAGAUCCUUGGGCGGAGGUGGCAUGCACUGUCCAGAGAAGAGCAAGCAAAAUACUACGAGCUGGCCCGGAAGGAGCGACAGCUUCAUAUGCAACUGUACCCCGGCUGGUCCGCGCGGGAUAACUAUGGAAAGAAGAAGAAGAGGAAAAGGGACAAGCAGCCGGGAGAGACCAAUGAACACAGCGAAUGUUUCCUAAAUCCUUGCCUUUCACUUCCUCCGAUUACAGACCUGAGCGCUCCUAAGAAAUGCCGAGCGCGCUUUGGCCUUGAUCAACAGAAUAACUGGUGCGGCCCUUGCAGGAGAAAAAAAAAGUGCGUUCGCUACAUACAAGGUGAAGGCAGCUGCCUCAGCCCACCCUCUUCAGAUGGAAGCUUACUAGAUUCGCCUCCCCCCUCCCCCAACCUGCUAGGCUCCCCUCCCCGAGACGCCAAGUCACAGACUGAGCAGACCCAGCCUCUGUCGCUGUCCCUGAAGCCCGACCCCCUGGCCCACCUGUCCAUGAUGCCUCCGCCGCCCGCCCUCCUGCUCGCCGAGGCCACCCACAAGGCCUCCGCCCUCUGUCCCAACGGGGCCCUGGACCUGCCCCCAGCCGCUUUGCAGCCUGCCGCCCCCUCCUCAUCAAUUGCACAGCCGUCGACUUCUUCCUUACAUUCCCACAGCUCCCUGGCCGGGACCCAGCCCCAGCCGCUGUCGCUCGUCACCAAGUCUUUAGAAUAGCUUUAGCGUCGUGAACCCCAGUUGCUUUGUUUAUGGUUUUGUUUCACUUUUCUUAAUUUGCCCCCCACCCCCACCUUGAAAGGUUUUGUUUUGUACUCUCUUAAUUUUGUGCCACGUGGCUACAUUAGUUGAUGUUUAUCGAGUUCAUUGGUCAAUAUUUGACCCAUUCUUAUUUCAAUUUCUCCUUUUAAAUAUGUAGAUGAGAGAAGAACCUCAUGAUUCUACCAAAAUUUUUAUCAACAGCUGUUUAAAGUCUUUGUAGCGUUUAAAAAAUAUAUAUAUAUACAUAACUGUUAUGUAGUUCGGAUAGCUUAGUUUUAAAAGACUGAUUAAAAAACAAAAAGAAAAAAAAAGCAAUUUUGAAGCAGCCCUCCAGAAGGAGUUGGUUCUGUAUUAUUUGUAUUAAAUACGAGCUUGCGAACCAAUCAUUUUACAUCUGGUUUUUAAACCGUAAGGGCACCACGAAUGCAGUGCCGUUACUUUUUUUUUUUUUUCUGUGUGAAACAACUUUUAUUGUGAUGUUACUUGUUAUUGUUUAAAUGUACAGAAACAAAGGGUAAAAGUGUGUUAAUAUACCUUGUUCCAUGGUGUUGUUCUUUUGGGGGGAGGGGACGCUACUCAACACUUAAUAGAAUCACAACGCUGUUGGGCCAGUAGUAUUUAUUGCUUUAGAGAUUGCUUGUCGUACCUGUAUGUCGUCCCUUUUUAAAUAUGUUUUCCUUUUUCUUGAAACUGUAUAAAGUUUUUUUCCCCCUUAGCAUAAGCAUCUUAUAUAUAACAACUCAUUUGUACAAGGUUUUUAAGUUUAUAUAUAAAAUGUGUAUAUAUAUUUUUGUUUCCCCUUUUUGACUUUUUUUUUUUUUCUGUGUGAAACCCAGAUGUCACCAAAUGGACAUUAAUAGUUGCAUUAAGGAUCAGUAGCAUUAACAAAAGUUGCUUUAAAAGCCAUUAUGUAAAACAAGACUUGAAAAUGAGUGAGGGAAUUUUAGCGACACUGUCUGAGCAGCAGUGGAAACCACCUUCAUUUCCCCUUUGAACUCCCAGUGGGAUGCCCUACCCUGCGCCCUUAGGACCUGGACUGACCGUGUGCAAAACUUUACGUGCCAAAAUUCUCAGUGAAUUUAGCUUUCUCCCUCUUUUUGAUGCUGUAAUUUUUGUUCAUCAUGUUUUGCUGUGAUGUUACAUAGGUAGAUUUGUAUGUAGUUUUAAUGUCACCUAUAACAAAAUGUGUUUGGUAGCAGAUUGUCCAGAAAGCAUUUUAAAUGAAGAGGUAUAAACCCUUAAGGGCCAAAAUUCUGUAUAUUAGAUUACUCUUUAAAGAAAAACCAGCUGCCGCUUUUAUGUACACAUAUUACAUACGAGUAGGCAGCAGACUUUAAAAAUAAAAAAAACCUAGGCAUGUUGAUGUUGCAAAAUGCUGUAUAAAGCUGAAACCUGUUCAUUCAGUGCCAUUGUAGUUGACAUGAAGCGAUUGUAAAACUGUCUCCGAUUUUUCUCUGGUUUAUUAAAAUGCUAACUAUAACAUUUUUUGUGAAUACUUUGAAUGUUUCCUAACAGUUGUGAUGUUACUGUUCCGUUUUAUGCUCUUAUUCCAAGUUCAUUUUUAAUGGUUUGGAAGCCAUUUUUGUAAUGAAUAAAUGUUCAUGCUGUACAGUAUCUGUAGCAUGCCGUUCUGGAUUAAUAAAAGCAACUUAGUAUGUGCAGAUAAA